AUAUAUACUCCACACUCCAUACUCCAUACAACCACACACCCUCCAAGAAAAAAAAAAUAUCAUGAGUAAGCUGAUGAUGAAAUUAAUGUUGCUCUUCAUUUGGGUGGCUACCCUUUUGUGUUGUUCACUAGCACAAAACCAAGCCAUAGAUAAUUCAAGAUACAAAGCUUGUGCACCAAAAUCUUGUGGUACAGGUCCCAACAUAAGCUACCCUUUUUACAUUGAAGGUGCAGGAAAAGACUAUUGUGGACGCCAAGGCUUCCGAAUCGCUUGUCAAAACAACAAACCGAUUUUCCAAACCGAUAGAGGUCCUUACAUCGUAAACCACAUCUUCUACAAAAACAAUUCCCUAAAGAUAGUCGAUUUGGAUGUAGUUGACACUGAUUGUGUUGCUCCCAACCACUAUUUCCAAUUUAAUAGAGGUCUAAAUUUCACAUUUAGCUCGAACCACGGGAACGUUCAAUUCUUCUACCGAUGCACAACCAACUCGUUCUUACCAAGUUUGGAGAAAUCUUUGGUUCCUUGUGCCUCGAAUUCAACUCAUUCAACUCUAGUUGCUUUGGUGCCAAACGACGACACUUUGAGGACUACUAAUAAUGGUUCGGAGCAAUAUUGUGAGAAACAAGUUGCUGUGCCGGUUGAUCUGAGUGGAAAUAAUUAUAAUAAUCAAAGUAUUAAAACGGUUAAUUAUAUUCGACUUUUGAAAGAUGGAUUUACUUUGUUGUGGUACGAGGCAAAUUCUAAUUUAUGCGAAGAGUGUGAGAAUAGUGGUGGGCGAUGUGGGACUCAGAAUAGUGGUCUUGUUUGUUUCUGUCCUAAUGGAACUCAAUCCUCAACAUGUGUUGUUCAACCUAAAGGAAUAGAAGCUCAAGAUGCUAACAAAACUACUAGAAGACACAACUUGGUCAUUAAAGCAUCAAUUGCUGCAGGAGUUAGUUUUGGAAUGAUUCUAAUUAUAACACUGAUUUUUUUCAUCAUGAAGAAAAAGUCUAUUCUCUUUUGGAAAAAGAGCCAAACUCAUCAAAACGUGGAAGCCUUUCUAAGUAAUUAUGGACCACUUCAAGUUAAGAGAUAUAGCUAUUUAGAGGUGAAGAAAAUAACAAACUCAUUCACUGAAAAAUUAGGCCAAGGAGGAUUUGGUGAUGUGUACAAAGGAAAAUUAGACAACGGUUGUGAUGUGGCUGUGAAAAUUUUGAAUGAUUUAAGAGAUGUUGAUGGUGAAGAUUUCAUCAAUGAAGUUGCAACAAUUAGUAGAACCUCCCAUAUAAAUGUUGUCACAUUAUUGGGAUUUUUUUUCGAAGGUUCGAAAAGAGGUCUAAUCUACGAGUUCAUGCCUAAUGGAUCUCUCGAAAAAUUCAUAUUCAAUGUGACCCCUAUUGACUCGACCAAGAGCCAAUUAGGAUGGGAUAUGCUUUACCAAAUCUCACUUGGGAUUGCUCGAGGCUUAGAAUACUUACACAGAGGUUGCAACACGAGAAUUUUGCAUUUCGAUAUCAAACCUCAUAACAUUCUUUUGGACCACAAUUUCGUGCCCAAAAUCACUGAUUUCGGCCUAGCCAAAAUUUGUACAAGGACUGAGAGUCUCAUUAGCUCUAUAAUGGGCCCGAGAGGGACGGCAGGGUACAUUGCUCCUGAAAUUUUUAGUAGAUGUUUCGGCGGAGUUUCACACAAAUCUGAUGUGUAUAGUUAUGGAAUGAUGAUUUUGGAUAUGAUUGGUGGGAAAUAUAAUGAGGAUAUUCAAAGUGAAAAUAAUAGUGAGAUAUAUUUUCCACAUUGGAUUUAUAAACGUCUUGAGGUGAAUCAUCAUGAUGAAUUGGGAUUGGAAGAAAUAAUUGAUGAUGAAAAAGACAUAGUAAAAGUGAAGAAACUUAUAACUGUGAGUUUGUGGUGUAUACAAAUAGCUCCUUCUGAUAGGCCUUCAAUGAGUGAAGUUAUUGAAAUGUUGGAAGUUAUGAGUUUCAACUCUUUGCAAUUACCACCUAAGCCUUUCUUGUCUUCUCCUAAUUCAAAGAUGUUCUAAAAGU